GGGGGAGGGAGGAGAGAGAGGAAGGAAGAGUGGAGUAGACAUCAUCCUGUCAGAGGGAGCCAGGGGUUGGACUUCUGAUUGGGAUUGUCAUCACGUCAGCCCGCGACGCCGUCUCGCACGAAUGUAGUGGAGAUAUCAUCACUGAUGUUCUUCCCGAGCAUUGAAGAGAGGAAGGGUGCAGCAGCGAGGAAAGGCAUGCUAGAGGGAGGGAAAGGAGGAGGAGCAGCAGGAGGUUUAGGGAGAGAGGCGGAGAAGAAGCUGACGUGGAAGUAACAUUAAGAUCUGUACGGUAUUUGCAGGCGUAACUGAGCGCUGGAACCUCAGUGGCGACCUCGAACGGUGGUGAUAUCAGCAAAGGCGACAAGCGAUUGGUUGAUUGAUUGGUUUUUGACUGGUUGAUUGAUUGAUUGAUUGAUUGGUUGCUGGAACGGAUUCCUAUCUUUCUCGAUCGAUCGACGAACUCUUUUUCCUGUGAUGAACAUCAGCACGUCUGUUUUUCUGUCCAGCAUCCACCAGCCUUACUGAGUUGGACACACCUUUACCCUACCUAUGCAUCAACUAAUCGACUCAUAAAAUUUUUAACGCCUUCUAUCAUCUAUGUAGCUAUCUAUCUAUCUAUCUAUCUAUCUAUCUAUCUAUCUAUCAUUUAUCUAUCUAUCUAUCUAUCUAUAUACAUAUAUAUAGAUAUAUAUACCCCAAUCGAUCGAUCGAUGUCCUUUUCUUUUUCCGUGACGAUUGCCAGAGGAGGAGAGGAGCACCGACCCGCGGGACUGUGAUCGAGAGAGUGGCGACAAGACGGGGGCGUAUAUACAAAUUAAGUCCCCCAUUAUCGGGGGUGAUGAUCAUUACAGGGCGAGAUUAUCGGUCAUUACUUUUUGCUUCGGUGAUGAUAUCCGGAGGGAUUAGCUAUCUAUCAGUUUUUUUGUCGGUGAUGAUAGCGGGAGGGAGCCGGGGUCCUCUGUGGAAGUGCCACGUGUCCUUCUCCGCUGGGUGAAUCGGGGUCACGGAAGAGUAGGAUCAAACACUGACCACAGUCAUUUCUGCCGAUAUACAUCCUUCCUCUCCCCUUUUUGCAUGUAUACCCUCGUCCGUUUACACCCACGUCCAUCUAUACCCUCUUCUGUGGAAUUGGAACUGCCGCGUAGCGUGUCGUAAGUACCGCGUGUUCGUCGCCGCUGAGACGGUCGGGGUCGCUGCCGAUAUACCGUUUGAGUUUACUAAAUCCUUUUCAAGUAUCAAGACCAAUCCCCUCCCCCUCCCCCUCCCCCUCGUUCUCCCCGGCGUGCGUUCACCCAUAGCUUACGCGCCAUAGCCUGCGAGAGCGCGAGCGACCGAGUGGGGCAGGAGGGCGAUCGACCGGCGGGGAGAGGAGGUGUCUUGUGCAUGUGGCCGGACAUCUUGGCCACGUACGUGGGCGGGGUUAAUCGGAAAAGAACAACGGGGAUAUUCUAGUCGAGAGCGAGAGGCGGGGAACGUGGAAGACGUGGAAGACGAAGCAGCGGAAAACGAAAGGGGGCUUUUUUUGGAUUAUCGGGUACGGUGUGUGCGUGUGUAUGUGGGGGGGGGCGGGCGCAAGGGGGGGGACGCCGCGGGAGGGGAGGAGUGGGAGAGGGAGGAAGGAGGAAGGAGGACCGGUUCAACGAGAAGAAGAAGACUGUGGUAGAAGCAGAGACGCGGAGGCGGCUAUGGGCGGUACGGAUUACGUUGUGGGAAUGGCAAAGAAAUCCAUCUUCUCCGAUGGCGGGAGUCGGCGGGAUCCAUGCGUGAUAUUGGAGAUCGACUCGGAAUCGUCGAUGGUAGAACGGCCACGUGUCCUUUCUGUACUGGCCACAUUGCUGGAGCGGCUGGUCGCGCGCAAUGAGAGACACGUGAUGACCACUGCCACCACGCCCUACGCAUCCCCUUGUCGCGGCAAAUUGACCGUCUUUCACGGCCUUCGUGCCCCAUCCAUCACCAUCGACAAGUACUUGGAACGAAUCUUCAAGUAUGCUAAUUGUUCUCCGGCUUGUUUCGUCGUGGCUUACGUCUACAUCGACCGAUUGAUUCAGCGCCAACCAGAGCUUCCCAUCACUUCCCUGAACGUUCACCGCCUUCUCGUCACUGCUGUCAUGGUCGCCGCCAAGUUCCUCGACGACGUGUACUUCAACAACGGCUACUACGCCAAGGUAGGCGGAGUCACCACGGCGGAGAUGAAUCGGUUGGAACUGGAGUUUCUGUUCCGUUUGGAUUUUCGACUGCACGUGACCACGGGAGUGUUUGAACACUAUAGUUCGCAUCUAGAGAAGGAAUUGAUUUUGUCGGGAGGUCACAAGAUGGACCGCCCGCUGAUGUCGCCUCUUCGACCUUCGCUGGAGCCGUCGGCUACCGAUUUGAAGGUAUCGAAGGCCAAGACUCUCGGCCGUGUCAGUGGGAUGAUCAAAUCGGUCAAUGGCGCGCAACAGUGUCGGGAUGGGAGCGGCGGUUGGGAGAGAUUGUGUGCCGAGGUGUGGGAGGGGAAGAACAUCGAGGAGGAGGAGGAGGAGAAGGGGGAGGAGGAGAAAGAGGAGGAGGAGAGGAGAAGGGAAGGAGACAUAGUUAGUGGAAUAAAGAAAGCGAAGCGAAAGAAAAAGACGGCGUGGAAGGGAGAGAGAGGGGGGGUGGUCGUCGAGGAGGAGGAGGAGGAGGAGGAGAAGGGGGAGGAGGAGGAGGAGGAGAGGAGAAGGGAAGGAGACCUGGUAAGUGGAAUAAAGAAAGGGAAGUGAAAGAAAAAGAUGGUGUGGAAGGGGGAGAGAGGGGAAGGAAAGGGAAAAGAAUAGAAUAGAGAAGAUAUGUAUAAGGUGAGUGAGGAGAAAAGCCGGUGUAUGGGUGUUGUUGUGCUGAGGUGGGUUGGAGCGGAACCGGAGCGGUGUAUGGGUGUUGAGGUGUGGGAGAGGAAGAAGGAAGAAGGAAAAGUACAACGAAAAAUGGUGACGUUGUGCAAAGUUGUUCUGUUCGCUCGCUCGUUGGCUCUCCUUUAUCUCAAUAACCAUUCGUUCAUUUGAUGCGUAAGAUUUCUUAGGACGAUAGACGGAAGAUGUGUGUGUGAGACCGUUGAAAUAGCUAAGAGGGAGAAAAAAAGGUGGAAAAAAAAAGUCGAUGGAUCUAUUUAUGUGUUCGUCUAUGGAGUCUUGGCGGGUAAUUGGAUAUUAGCAGGCGUGUGUCUCACCCAUUGAGUAAUCUCAUCGAAUGCAUCUGGGGGCCAUAUUCAGUUAAAAUGCACAACUGGUGAUGAUGAUGAUGAUGAGCAGCAGUUCUGGUUGGUGAUGAAAAGUUGAUGAGGAUGAUAAUGAUGAUGUUGAUGAUGAUGAUGAUGAUGAUGAUGAAGCAAACUUGCCACGUGUAAUGGACAGAUGCCGAUUACGAUUCUACUGGUGCUGGUGUUGAUGAUACUGCUGCUGCUGCUGCUGCUGAUGAUGAUAAUGAUGAUGAUGAUAAUGAUGAUAAUGAUGAUAAUGAUGAUGAAAAGGGUGAUGAUGACGGAAAAGAUGAUGAUGGGGAUGAAGAUAAGUGCGCUGGUGCUAAAAGACUGCUGAUUGAUGAUUGAUGAUGGAUGAUAAUUGAUAAUGAUGAUAAAUGAUGAUGAUGUUGAGUGGAUUGCUGUUAUCGCGAUGGCGCAACUUCCGUGAUGAUGAUAUUGAUGACCUCUGUAGCAUAUUGGUGGCAAUGUUUGUGUAUUACGCAUAAAGGGAAAUAUAUAUACAUAUAUACGCAUAUAUAGGUAGACAUAAUAAUUAUGUUAACGACUUAAUGCAUGGCAAUUAUGAAAAUGCUUGUUGCAUGUAGAUGGUGAUGGUGAUGAUGAAUCGAUGAGGAUGCAUGUAGAAUGGUCAUAAAUGCUGAUGGAUGUUGAUUCGUCGCAAUGGUGAUGGUGCUGAUAUGUUGUUUGCAAAGCUGAGGAUAAUGAUGAUGACGAUGAUGAUGAUUAUGAUGAUGAUGCAUUGAUGAUGAUGAUGAUGAUGAUGAUGAUGAUGCAUUGAUGAUGAUGAUGACGAUGAGGAUGAGGAGGGGGAGAUGAGGAAGGAGGGGUUGUUGAGGAUGAUGACGACGUUGCAAUCGACGCUGAGAAGUUGUUACUUGAUCUGCGCAAAUGUGCAGAGAACCCUCUUUCCCUCUCACCCUCCCUCCCUCCCUCCUCCCCCCCCUCUUCCUUCCUUUGCCGUUUGCUUCUCUCCUCUCCUAGUUCUCUCUUCUCCUCGAAAGAGUAUUGUGAACGAGGUAAGUCCAGUGUGCCUGCUGUUGCUGUAUGUUCUGGGUUAGCUCAGGAAUGACAGCGAGAGAAUGUUGCGAGAAUGUUCCGUUUCAUGGCGAUAAUAGAAGUGCUGAAAACGGUGAAAAUCUUCUUUUUCAGGAAGAUUUAGGGUUGAAAAUGAUGGGCAUUUUUUUUCUCGUUCUUCAUGGUCGUGAUUUUGUUUGUAGGGGUGGCAUUGCUCGGCCCACAGUCAGAGAGAAGUAGCUUAGCGGAUCUUUGAGGUUUCAUGUAUAAUAUCACCACCUCUAGA